UUUCUUUCGGUGCAGAGGUCCAAUGGGUGUUUUCUCUGCUUUGAAUCAUUGAUGCAAGUUGGGGAACUAUGCUUGUUUUCUUCGCAUCCUUGUACCCCGCAUCUACGCGUUUUACUUUCAUCGAAGCACUAAAAAAUUAUGGUCUUUUUCUUUUGUUCCACCUGAAUAGUCCAUUCCCACCCACUGUCAUAGAUUGUUUUGGUUUUACUCUUACCCUCCAGUUCUCUGUUCUCACAAAGACACAAUUAGCAUUCGUUCAAUUCUCUCUAAUUCAAGAAAUGGCGGAAGGAGCUCUGUCCGGCGUUGCUAAAGGAAUCGUUGGGAAAGCGGGCGACCUAGUAGCCCAAGAGAUUGCGCUCAUCUGGGGUGUCAAAGACGAGAUCAACAAACUCAAGGACACAGUUUCCACAAUCAGUGCUGUGCUUUUGGAUGCAGAGGCGAAGAAACACAACAAUGAAGUCAAACUGUGGCUGCAAAGGCUGAAGGACCCCAUGUUUGAUGCGGAUGACUUGCUGGAUGAAAUCUCCGCUGAGGCCUUGCGACGGGAAGUGAUGACCCGGGACAAGAAGGCCAAAGAGGUACGCAUCUUCUUUUCCAAAUCUAAUCAGCUUGCAUAUGGUCUUAGAAUGGGUCAUAAGGUUAAGGCCAUGAGGGAGAGGUUUGAUGCGCUUGCAGCUGAUAGGAAGUUCCAUUUAGAUGAGCGUUCUGAGGAGGAACAAGGCAGGCAUAAGGCGAGAGAGCAGACUGAUUCUCUUGUACGUGCUGAAGAUGUUAUUGGGAGGGAGGAUGAUAAGAAGGCCAUUAUUGAAUCUCUGUUGAAUCCCAAUGUUAAGGAGAAUGUUUCUGUCCUUCCGAUAGUUGGUAUUGGAGGACUAGGAAAGACGACAGUUGCUCAACUUGUCUUCAAUGAUGAAGAAAUCGAGAAACAUUUUGAGCUAAAAUUGUGGGUGUGUGUCUCUGACGAUUUUGAUGUGAAGAUAAUUGUUAAGAAAAUCUUAGAGUGUGUAAAACAUAAGAAACCAGAAGACCUUGAAAUGAACUUGUUAGCCAAUGAUCUCGGAAAAGAAAUUAAUGAAAAGAGAUAUAUGCUUGUGUUGGACGAUGUGUGGAAUGAGGAUCGUGAAAAAUGGAGUAAAUUGAAAAAAAUUUUAAUGGGUGGUGCAAAAGGUAGUAGAAUCUUAAUGACUACACGUAGUGAAAUCGUGGCAAAGAUUUCAGAGUCUAUUCAACCACACGUGCUAAAGGGUUUAGAAGAACAAUAUGCCUGGUCUUUAUUUAAGAAGAUGGCAUUUGAAGAGGGGGAAGAAGAGAUGAAUGCAAGCCUUUUAGAAAUUGGGAAGGAAAUUUUAAAAAAGUGUGCAGGAGUUCCGCUUGCAAUAAGAACAAUAGGAGGAUUGUUGUAUUUUAAAAAAACCGAAAUGGAGUGGUUAUCAUUCAGUAUUAAUGAACUUUCAAAAAUACGCCAGAAUGAAAGUGACAUUUUACCAACGUUAAAGUUGAGUUACGAUCAUCUCCCGACACACUUGAAGCAAUGCUUUGCUUAUUGUAGUCUAUUUCCAAAAGAUUGUGAGAUUAACCGGUCAAGUUUGAUUAAUAUGUGGAUGGCGCAAGGGUUCAUCACGUAUGAUAAAAAGCAAUGCCCAGAAGAUGUUGGUCAUGAGUAUUUUAUGGAUUUGCUUUGGAGAUCAUUCUUUCAAAAAGCUAGAGAAGAUGAAUUUGGCAAUAUUUCAGAAUUCAAAAUACAUGAUCUUAUGCAUGAUAUAGCAAUACAAGUAAUGGAAUCAGAGGGCACUAUCAUUUAUCCAAAAGAAAAAGACAUUGAUGAGAAAACUCGUCAUGUGUCAUUUGGGGAUACGUUGCACUCAUCAUUGGAGAUUCCGAUCUCAUUAUAUAAAUCAAGAAGGAUAAGAACAUUUCUUUUGCCAUGUCAACGAGGGUAUGUUACUUCAAAUUUGGAUAGUUCAACUUUUAGUGCAAUUGUGGCUAGUUUUAAGUUCAUACGCUUGUUGGAUUUGCAUAACAUGGGGAUUAAAAUAAUUCCAAGUUCUAUCAAAAAGUUGAAGCAUCUAAGAUAUCUUGAUCUUUCUAAGAAUGAAGACAUUGAGAUGCUUCCUAAUUCUAUUGUCAAGUUGUACAAUUUGCAAACACUUAAACUUUCUGAGUGUGAAAAACUUAAAGAAUUGCCAAGAGAUAUUAACAAAUUAGUCAACCUUAGGUUUCUUGAGAUUGAUGGGUGUUCGGGUUUGACUCAUAUGCCAAAUGGACUGGGCCAAUUGACUAAUCUACAAACAUUGUCAAGAUUUGUGAUGAGUGAGGGUAGGAUCGAUUCAGUACCUAGGAGUUACGGUGGAUUGAAGGAACUUGGCAGGCUAAAUGAGCUAAGAGGAAAUCUCUCAAUUGAAAAUCUCAAUCAAGUAAAAGAUGUUGUAUUAGAGUAUAAGGAUGCAAAUUUAAAAGAGAAACAACGUCUUCAUAGGUUGGACUUAAAUUGGGUAGAAGAAGACACUGAUGAGACGGGUGUUGUUUGUGACAUGUCAGCAGUGGAAGCCUUGCAACCGCAUAUAAAUCUCAAAGCAUUGAGAUUAAAUAGGUACGGGGGAGUGAUAUUUCCACAUUGGCUUGUGACGCUCACAAAUCUUGUCCAAUUUGAAUUAUGUUCUUGUAAUAAAUGCAAAUAUCUUCCACCGUUGGACCAAUUGCCUUCUCUCAAAAUUAUCCAUUUGGAGAGAUUGGAUUCUUUAGAGUACAUAUCAAAUUCAGAGAGAGAUUACAGUGAUUCUUUAUUCUACCCAUCUUUGGAGACACUCUAUAUUUGGGAAUGCCCUAAUUUAAAGGGAUGGUGGCAGGGAAGGAGGGAUUCUUUUCCUUCAUUUCCUCGUCUUUCUGAUUUAGAAAUUGAGGAUUGCCCUCAGCUGACUUUCUUUCCUUCGUUUCUAUAUCUUGAAGUUGAAAGAUUGAGCCUAAAUGAUUGUAGAUUGGAGUAUAAGGAUGCAAAUUUGAAAGAGAAACAACGUCUUGAUGGGUUGGCCUUAAAUUGGGUAGAAGAAGACAUUAAUGAGACGAAUGUUGACUACAAUGGCAGGCCAAAGGAUAUAAAUCUCAAAGCAUUGAGUUUAAAGCGAUACAGGGGAGUGAUAUUUCCACAUUGGCUUAUGUCCCUCAGAAAUCUUGUCAAAUUGAAAUUAGAUUCAUGUAAAAAAUGCCAAUAUCUUCCACCGUUGGACCAAUUUCCUUCUCUCAAAAUUAUCCAUUUGCUCGGUUUGAAUUCUUUAGAGCACAUAUCAGAUUCAGAGAGAGAUAACAGUGAUUCUUUAUUCUACCCAUCUUUGGAGUUACUCCAAAUUGAGGAAUGCCCUAAUUUAAAGGGAUGGUGGCGGGGAAGGAGGGAUUCUCUUCCUUCAUUUCCUCGUCUUUCCCACUUAUCCAUUUGGAAUUGCCCUAAUCAGCUGACUUCCUUUCCUUUGUUUCCAUAUCUCGAAAGAUUGGGGCUAAGUAAGUGUAGCUUGAACUUGAAGCAGUCAUUGGAGAGGAUGAUGAUAAACAACAAGACUUCUUCAGGGAAUCUACCAUCUUCUUCUUCUCCUUCUACAAUUGUUGCCCCUCUCUCCAAAUUAAGUUUCAUGUGUAUAGAAGAAGCUUUGCCAGAGGAGUGCCUACGAAAUCUCAUUUCUCUCCGUACUCUAUAUCUAAUCAAAUGUCCUCUUCCUCAAGGUAUGCGAUAUCUUACUGCACUUCAACGUCUGGAAGUUAUGGACUCUGAGGUGGUUGAUUUAUCCAAUAAUUGGGAUGAGAUGGAAUGGCAAGGACUUACGACCCUUCUCUCUUUGAAAUUCUAUGAACUUCCGAAGUUGGUCUCUCUCCCAGUGGGACUUCAAUAUGUCAGCUCUCUACAAAAACUCAAUAUUGUGGAGUGUCCUAGUUUGAUAGCUAUACCGGAGUGGAUCUGCAAACUUAUAUCUCUUCAAUCACUUGUAAUUUGGGACUGCCCUAAUUUGAAAUCAUUGCCAGAAGGAAUCGGUGCCCUUACCUCUUUGCAAACACUAAGUAUUUACAGAUGUCCCAUCUUACUGAAAAGAUGCAAGAAGCAAAUCGGGGAAGAUUGGCAUAAAAUUUCUCACAUUCCCAAUUUGGAAGUCAGAUGAAGAAGAACCACAAAAACCUGAUCAUAAGAAUUGGGACUUAAUUAAAGCUUUUGGGUGCUGCAAUUGUUCAACAACUCAACAACUCACUCACCGAGUCAAAAUUGGAGAAUUGAACCGGGUAACCAUGGCAUAGGAAUCAGCUCAUUCUACAGAAAUAUUCCAGUCAAGAUGAUUCCUUUUUUUUGAAGCUAUUUUUUCUACGGAUAGUAGAAGUGGAAGGGAAGGAACUCAAAGCCGCCAGUGCUGAACCCUUGCCUGACGGCCACCGCGGUCUCCGCAUCCAUGGCUGGGAGAUCGAAACUCACAAGCUCUCCAUUCUCAACUCCUCCAACCUCCGGCUUUAUGGGAUAUGCAGAAUAUAAUGACACCAGUUAAAGAGUUCACGGGGCAUACUAAAGGUGUAAUUGCAAUGGCGUGGUGUCCCAUUGACAGUUCUUAUUUGAUUACCUGUGCCAAAGAUAGUUGAACUAUUCGCUGGGAUACCGUUUCUGGAGAGAUUGUUUCUGAACUGCCUACUGGUACCAACUGGAAUUUUGAUGUACACUGGUAUCCAAAGAUACCUGGGGUUAUAUCAGCAUCUUCAUUUGAUGGAAAAAUUGGAAUUUAUAACAUUGAGGUAUAUACCAAUUAUAUUUUUAUAGAUCUGUCUAAAAGGUUCUGCUUUCUUUUGAGCCUUAUAACAAGUUGUAAGUUGGCAACAAUUAAAAUGGAAAAUAAUUGAGUAAAGUGAUGGAUCUUUUUAUGCAUAUUAUAUGCCAUUUUAUCAAUAACUGCAAUUUAGUACGAGUGCUUAAGAGAUGAGUGGGACAAAAGGGUGUAAGGGGGAUGGGUAGAGCCACACGGGAAUAUUGCAUUUACAAUUUUUGUGGCAUAUGGAUUCCAAUAUUGAUGAAUGACAACAUGAACAAAAAUAGAAUGGACAAUGAUUGCAUUUGUGCGAAUGUAGAGUUGGUGUUAAUUGGGGAUUAGAUUAAGGGAUGGUGUGGGAAGUGCAAAGAAAUUUUAUUUAAAAUUUGGUCUUAUUUAAUUUUGGAGUCAAUUGAAUAUUUAUUGGAUAAUUGCAUUUUAUUUUAGGUCUUAGUAGUUAAUCAGUAUCAUUAGUAGCUUUAUUUUAUA